GGCCUAUGGCAUGGGACUUCCGUUCGAUGAAACAGGAACAGGAAGUUCCUCGCGACCCCGAGACGGCGAAAUAAAAACAUCCUGUUGCGAUGCGAAGAUUCCGCGAAAUAAACACUCCACGCGCACGCGACAGAGAACGUGGCGCGAAUCUGACACGCGGUUCCUUACGUGUUUCUCGUCGAGCGAGUUCGUUAUUUUUAUGGCCCACUUUCGGAUUCCGGUGACCCAAGGUCGAAUGGCAGCUACUAACGCCCGAAAAAUGAGUCGUUCUUACAGCUGCCGUCGAUCGUCGCCGAAGAAUUCAUCAUUACCAUCAUGGAUAAUUUAAUUUCAGAGUCCGUUUGCACGAAGGGGAUUGAGCUUGACGCGCAAGGAUGCAAUCUAUGCAAGAGAGCAUAUGUGCUAAUGAUAUCGAGAGUCUAGAUGCGGAUACUGUUAUACCAGUUGAACUAUUCGAUUGCAAUGUCUCAUCUCAUUCGAGAACCCAAGAUGCCUCGACGAUGGUGGAACUUGGGAAACAGCUCCUACAUAAUGCAAAAAAUGGAGACACUGAGACUGUUCGUGAGCUCAUGUGUAGAGGCGCACCAUUUACCACAGAUUGGCUUGGUACCAGUGCGCUUCACUUAGCUGCACAGAACAAUCAUUUAGAGACUGCUGAAGUUUUACUUAGAGCAGGAAUAUCGAGGGAUGCUAGGACAAAGGUUGAUAGAACUCCGUUACACAUGGCAGCAUAUGAGGGCCAUCAUCAGAUGGUACAAUUGUUGCUUAAUUAUGGAGCGGAUGUUGAUAGUAGAGACAUGCUAAAAAUGACCCCGCUACACUGGGCAGUAGAACACGAGCAUGUAGAUGUGAUGCACAUUUUAUUAGAUCAUGGAGCUGAUACGAAUGCAACUAGUAAAUUUCACAAAACUCCAAUUAGUCUUGCGUUAGAACAUGAUAGGUUAGACUUAGUGGAUAUAUUACAACAACAAAGGGAAAUAAUAGGUAUCCCAACUCAUCAACAGAAUCAAGCUAAUUCUGCGGAAUUAGACGUAGCUACGCAUAAUUUAGUACAAUUAGAGGCUGAAAACAAUAGCAGAAGUUCGAUAAUGCAGGAAGAGGAACAGUACAAGUUUGAAAGCAUAAAGCAACAACGUAAACGUAAACAUUCUCAAGCACAAAUUGAAAAAAAGCAAAAAAUGGUUUUUCAUCAAAUCUCUAUAUCACCAAACAACACGGAUGGUGAAGAUAAAGAAACUGAAGAUGUUGAAUUGAUUGAUACAAAUACUAUUACGAAUAAUAAAAAACAUAAAGAUAUUAUGUCGAUAGGAAAUAUCAGUAAACAGUUUAGGUUAUUAGAAGCACAUGGAAUCACAAUGAUACCUAUGGACGAUGAAUCAUCUAUUGUAGAAAAUGCAAUGGAAAGUGGAAGAACAGUAGUUUUGACAGAAGCUGGAAAACUUGCUUUAAAUUUAACAAAAGGUUCGUCGAUUAAGCGCCUUGCUUCGCGAAAAGGGGCGAGAAAAGUUAUAGCAAUUAGAACGGAUCAGAUUCACUCUAAAAUCUUAAGUCCAAAUUCUAAUACAUCUGCUCUUACACGGGGUCCAAAUAUUUUGAAAAGAAAUGCUGUAGAUAACAAAGCGGCAAAGUUAUUUGUUACAACAAUCUCUAAUGUUACAACACCUACUGUUAGUGAAAUCAAGAACUCACUUUCAUUGAAGGAGAAAAUUGCGAGUUUUCCAACUAAGGUCACAGAAUCAACAGUUUUACAAUUGAAUGACGAGGUAGAAGAAAUAAUUGAAGAGGAUGCGGGAAAUAAUGAGCCCAUAACAGAUGUAGCGAUAUUAAGCAAACAAUUAGCAGAAGCGCGAAGACAAGCUGCUGAAUAUCGUAAACAAUUGCAAGAGAAAGAGAAAGAAGCGGAAAUAUAUAAGCAACAACUUAAAAACAUCACAGCGCAAAUAACAUCUAAGUGAUUUUGUACAGGUAUAGAUUUCAUAUUCAAUUUCAUGGUUCACAUGUCAUCAAAUCAGAUUUAUUUCUUUAUACCAAAAAAAUUUUGGAAGUUUGU